GGCGCAUGCAGACUUGUGUCUUGAAGGUGAACAUUCACUGCGAAGGCUGUAAGCGCAAAGUGAAGAAAAUCCUGAAUGAAAUGGAUGAUGUUUACACCUCAACUAUAGAGGCGGAGUCGGGGAAGGUGACCGUCUGUGGAAAUGUAGACGCAGAAACACUGAUCAGGAAGCUGGCCAAGAAGGGCAAGAAGGCAGAGGUUUGGGGAGCACCAAACCCAAACCCAACCGAGAAUGAUCAGAAUCAGCUCGGUGCCACCGCAGCCCAGAUGGGGAACCUUCAGAUUGGCAGUGGCAGUGGCAGUCGAAGAAGAGGAGGAGCAGGAGGAGCAGCAGGAGGAGGAGGAAGUGGGAAUAACAGCAGUAAUCAGGCAAGAGGAGGAGGAGGAGGAAGCCAGCCCAUAGCGCCUGCAGGUCUGACCCCACAGCAAAAGCAUCAGCUGCAGCUUUGGCAGCAGCAGAUGAAGGGGGGUCAAGAUCCCUCCAAGUUGCCCCAACUCAAGCCUCAGCAGAGCCAAAACCAGAACCUGAGGAUGUCCAUGCCUCAGAACCCGAACCAGAACCCGAACCAGAACCCGAGGAUGCCAAUGCCAAUGUCAAUGCCUCAGAAGAAGAACGGGAAUGGUGCCAGCUUUAACCACCCUGUGGAAGCUGAUGACCAUGAUGACGAGGUAAGUGAUGGUGAUGAAGACGACGACGUCGUCGAUGAAGAAGGUGAGGGUGAUGGAGGUGUAGCUGCUCAUCCUCCACAGCACCAGAUGAACAACAGGCCGGGGAUGGGUAAUCCACGAGGAGGGGUAGGGCAGCCAAUGCCUGUCCAAGCCAGGGGAGUUGGCAAUGCACAAGGAGGAGGAGGAGGAGCAGGGCAGCAGAUGCCCAACAUGAUGAUGCUGAAUGGCCAAGCCAGGGGAGGUGCCAAUAAUGCACAAGGAGGUGUAGGCGGAGGAGGAGGUGCAGGGCAACAAAUGCCCAGCAUGAUGAUGAUGAAUGGCCAGCAGAAGCAGCAGCAGCAGCAGCAAAUGAAUCCUCACCAGGCCAGGGGAGGUGGUGGAAAUGCACAAGGAGGAAGAGGGCAGCAAAUGCCCAACAUGCCGAUGAACGGCCUGCAGCAGCAGCAGCAGAACCAGCCCCCACCUCAAAUGAAUCCUCAGGCCAGGGGAGGUGGUAGCAAUGCACAAGGAGGAGGAGGAGGAGGCCAGCAGCAUCAGCAGCAACUAAUGCAUCCUCAGGGCCAGCCGAUGAUGACGAUGAAUGGUCAGGCCAAGGCUGGUGGAGCAGGACAGCAUCAGCAACAGCAGAUACCUAACAUGGUCAACGGUCAGGCCAACGGUGGUGUUAACUAUGUGGCUCAAGGAAUGACCAACCUUGGUAAUGGCAAUGGUGGUGGUGUGGCUGUGGCUGGUGGCAACGGUGGUGGUGGUGGUGGUGGUAACAUGGGCCAAAUGGGUCCAAUGCCAAUGGACCAAAUGACCCAUAAUAAUAUGAUGGCGAUGCCACUUGGCAAUGGGAACGGGGUUGGCCUUCCAACCAACGGGUACUUGGCCGGAGAUGGUGGUGGUGGUAACAACAUCCCGGGUAUGAUGAUGAACCAACAAAUUGGGAUAUCCAACAACAACAACACCAACAUGAACAUGAACAUGUUCCAACCACAGCAGCACCAGCAGCCGGGUAUAAGCUACACUCACCAACCCUACAGCUACGGCUAUCCACCUCCUCCACACUCCAACGAUCCAUAUACGCAUGCAUUCAGCGACGAAGAUACCACCAGUUGCAGUGUCAUGUGA